AUGGCAACUCUCGCUGGAAAGGUGGUCGUGGUGACGGGUGCGGCGUCUGGCAUUGGCCGAGCCACCGCUGUUCUUCUCGCGGAACGCUCUGCACUGCUAUCACUCAGCGACGUCAACGAGGCAGCGCUAGCCACUGUCAAAUCCGAGCUCGAGAAGAGCACGAACGCGAAGGUCUUUACCUCGGCCUUCGACGUCCGGAACCAGGAGGCAACCCAUGCGUGGAUCCGCGACACGGUGGCACACUACGGACAGCCGAUCUAUGGCGCGGCCAAUGUGGCGGGCGUCGUCGGGCCGAGCCUGGCGAUGGAGAAGGGCACGAUUCGCAACAUCACCGACCAGGAGUUCGACUGGGUCAGCGACAUCAACAUGAAGGGCGUGCUCAACUGCCUGCGCGCCGAGCUGCCGCACAUGCAGGAGGGCAAGGACGGGCGCAACGGCGGGUCCAUCGUCAACGUGGCCAGUCUGGCCGGUCUGCUCGGUGUCCCGUACGAUGUUCCGGGUAUCAUUGAUACACCCCAGGUUGUUGGAAUCGAGGAAAAGUUGGGCGAAGCUUCCGCCACCCUCUUCGGCGGCGUGGCUCCGGGGCCUUUGGCACGCCGUGGCGAUGCCUCGGAGGUGGCAGAAGCCAUUGUUUUCCUACUGAGCCCACAAAGCAGCUUCAUCAACGGCGUGGCUCUUCCCAUCGAGGGCGGGUGGUCGUGCUCGGUUUGA